AUGCCCCCAGCAAUCCCUCCACCGCUGGUCUCUUACCUGGAGUCCAGCCUUGCUUCACUUCACGGCCAGACCCUCAUUACCUCUGUGCUUGUCACGCCUUCACCAUGGCUGCUGCUGCGAUUCGUCUACGCGGCCAUAUACGGCGUUGGGGAUGACGGAGAAGCCAGACAAGUCGGCACGGGACCAGAUGAAGUCAGGCUGGGGGAGAGGCCAGUGGUCUUUGUGAGUCUUUUGCGACCGCUAAGUUUAUGGCUUGAGAUGGGGAAGAAAAUGGGUCUGGAUUUUCAAGCCUUACUCCGGAGCAAGAAGGUUGUCUACGUCGACGGGCUUGCUGAUGGUUCCUCCCCAGCAGGACCUGGAGACUCCUCGCUGCUAUCAACGACCAGGCUCAAAGCUUUGACCUUGAACGAGCUACGGUACUCUAUGAAUGUGGUUUUGAAAAGUUCCUUUAGGGCAACGACAGAAACCACUACCUCGGGAGCGGGCAGAUCAUCAAGUACUCCGGCCGUUCCAUAUGCGACGGCAUCCACCUCCUCUUCGUCUACAGGAACCGCAGACGCGAAACCACUUAUCCUUCUUGACGGCAUUGAUUUCCUCCUGGCUUGCCAGCCCUCCAUCUCCACAGUAUCAUUGCAAGCACUCCUUUCAACGUUACAGAUGCAGUCUCACGCUCUGGUACUCACCUGCAAUGCCGAUGUUCCGCUCCUGCAAACCGCUAUGUCUGGCAGUUACGACGACGGGACGCCCUUGGAACGCAAUCAUGCGCAUUUCUUGACGUCCAUGGCCCAUCGAAGUCGGUGGGUAUUCCAGCUCAGAGGGUUGGAUACUGGGAGCGCGAAGGAUGUUUCCGGUGUUAUCAGGGUCAGUAAGGGCGGUGAUAGAGGCGAUGACGAGAGUGAGAUCUCGAAUUUAGGCCAUACAAAAGCUCUGCCUGACGCAGAGUGGCUGUAUCAAUUGAAAGGCGAUGGCUCAGUGAGGGUUUGGGGACGUGGAGAAUAA